UUUUUUGGGGGUUCUUGUGUAAUGUAUGAGUUGGUGUUUGCACGAUAUUGAAGCAGCCUUUUCCUCUUCUUUUUAUAUCUUUUAAUCAGUGGAGAUUUUAUGAGAUUAUGAAAGAUUCAUAGUGCAAUCCUUUUCAUGAUUACGUUUGAAUGGUUAUGUUGGAAGUGAGGGGAUUCUUAACAUUAAUGUUAUCAUCAAAGAGAGACUUUAGGCUUUAAUCCUCAAAGAUGUCAGGAAUAGGCUCCUACCUUUCUCGUCUUUAAUAUUUUCCCCACUUCCUAAGCUCGUGCGUAUCUCCUUUUAUUCGGUGUAUUACGGUAUUGAUUUUAAUUAUGUUUGUAUUUAUCAUGAAAAAUGUUGUUUCCAAAUGCAUACAAUUAUUAGAUUCAGAUAUAUGAAAGGAAUGUUGUCAUUUCUAAUAGUAGUUGGAAAUUAUUGCUUGCACUUGUCCCACCAAGAGUCACUAUUCAUGUGACUUAAAGUCUUGGAUUAACUACAACAACCUAGAUGAAAUCCAGCCUUAAAUAUGACUACUUUUAGUUUUAAAAGUAGUAAUUGAAAAAUCUUGCUCUGGCUCUCCGGACAGCAAGGCCCAUUCUUUUUUAUUUCUUAAAGUUUGCUUCUUCUGACAAGGUAUAGUAUUCAAUAAGUUAGGCAUCAGGAUCAUCGACAUGGGAACAUAAAUAGAAAAGUGUACCAAUAGGACUAUCAUACACCUUUGUCUUAACAUUUUCUAUUGGCUAUAAAGCUAACCGUGCUCAGCAUCAUGUUUGUGUGAAGCAUAAUAGCAUAAAUAAGUGUGCUCUUGCCUUAAAACAUGCCAGUUAAAAAAUUGGAACAACACACUUCAAGCUGAUCCCGUAUCACAAAGAAAUAGAAGGCAAGUUUAUUCUUUCAGUUAAUUUGUAUUAUUGUUGUUUACCUACUGCAGAAUGACACUUAUCUUCCUCUUACUGUCUCAAUGGCAUUUCUAAAUGCUCUAUUAUAUCCUGUUCUGCUGCAUUUUCUGGGUAAUUUCAACUCUUUGCAUCUUUCCUGAAUGUUUUCUAUGUGGUGUUUUCAUGAGGUAAAUUUCCUUUCAUGUCCUUUGAAACUAAUCAAUUUCUCUGGCCUCUAUGCAACUUGUUUUCAUGAGGUAAAUUUCUUUUCAAUAUCAUCAUUACAAAAUUCUAUUAGAUCAUGCAUGUGCUUGUAGCAUUAAGUAUAAUUACCUUAGGCCAGUCAUUUUUUCUUUAAACUUCUUUACUUGAAGUAUUCAUCUUAUCGUGUCUUUAAAGACUUCUUAUGGUUACUUCUAUUCGUCCAGGGACAAUGACUUCCUAUAAAUGCCUUUAAAAUUGACCACUUGUUAGCUUUACAUGUGUGGUUUUCAAUUCUCUCCACUCUUUCUUGUUUAGAAUCAUCUCAUGUUUGUAGGUGCUAAAUAAUGCAUAACUGUUUCACUUGCAAAGAUUGGAUGCCAGAUUUAUACACAUAAUUGGCCUUACAAGGGGAUCUCCUAAUAUUGUAAUUCAUACACAUAAUUGGCCUUACUAUGGGUUAUCGUGUUCUGCGCUUGGCAUGUUUGUUCCUUCCCUUGGAUGAUUUUGAUUGUGGAAUAGAAUGUUUCCCAAGAGUAGCAUAUAAAAGAUAAGGAUAGAAUUUUUCUUCAGAUUAUCUUAAGAUAUAUUUCCAAGAGAGCUUAAGGACAAAACAAAAUUUGACAGAUUGGGAAGGAAAAGUAUUUAGUGACAUAUAUCUACUACCAUGAGCAAUUUAAGCGUUGAAAGAUCAAAGCCAUGGAACAUAUAUCCAUCUUCAAACCCUGGUCCAUCACAAACAGGAGUUGAUGAGGAAGCUCCAUGGAAAAGCCUAGGAACAUCUAUAAGUGCUAUUUCUUUUGGUUUUGUUGCCACGGCCAUUUUGAUUUCAAUGUUUCUUAUAAUGGCCAUAUUUGAACAUCUGUUCAAACCGACUUCACAAUAUUCCACGCAAGAAUCUAUGCUGAGACGUUAUCAGGAGCACCCAGUACCAACCGUAAAACAAGGAAAUGCUCAAUCAGUUCCAGCAUCUUAUGCAUCUGAUUUCUCAGUUUUGAUGCCAGGGCAGCAAUAUCCUACCUACAUCGCCCAACCUGCUCCUUUGCCAUGUCCAAGGGAAGGGAUUUAUUGGCCUUCUCAUGAACGUAAUUUUGUAAUUAAUUAGCGCAUUUUUUUCUCUAACCUACAAUAUCAUCAAUGAACUCUGUAUACAAUACAGAUACCCAGACACGACCCACUUGUGUCAAUUUUAUAGAUAAAUAUUGUAUUUAUAUGCCCAAAAUCAAAAUAUGAAGCCUGCUUUUCCAACUUGGGUGUACUCCAACAUCAGCAACUAAAGCAAUCCCUUUGCAACAUAAUUUUCUUCUCAA